AUGAAGGUUGCUGGCUCAGCUGUGGACUCAAAUCAUUGUGCCACAAACACGACACGACAGCUUGCCUGUGUGGAAGCAACCACUGACACGAAGAGGUCGGAGCGGGUUUUUCAGGUGCCGUUGCGCUUCUCGAGCCGCCCCAAGCAUCGAAUCUUUCAGGAGUUCGAUGAAACGUCGGUCCCCGAGCUUGAUACGCCUUCUAGCCAAGCAGCGGAUGAAGGAAACGUUGCCAAAAACGCAGAUCCGGCCGAGCCUGUGCCAGGCGUCUCGAGCGCCAUGGCUGCGGCGCAAAUUCAUGCGCAGAGGUGGCAAAAGCACGACAGGAAACACUUCCUGCGCGGCGUGCGCUUCGCCGCAGCUAUGCUUCAGGAGGAGAACCAGCGCCUUCGGGCGCAGUUCGAACUCAUGAAGGUGGCUCGGCUGAUUGAGUUUCCAGCUAGCGAGUCCAGUUGA